AUGGUUCAAGAAAGAGAAGAAAAGCCGGUGCGGGGUGCCUCGCCCAGCACAGUCGCGAUAGUCAAUGAGGACAACAGCAGCAAUCCGUGGUGGCCACUGGAAGAGGAGGAGGAGGAGGACGUACUAGUUGAGUAUCCGUUGACACCGAUGCAGAGCUUGGAAAUCACAAGAGCCGUCGACUUUUUCGUCUCUCAGCCAGAAAGCUACAAAUUUGACAGCAAAUGGGCCAUCAAGAACAUGACAACAACUUUUUGUGGAGUAGAAGACGGCAGUGUCGACUUGUCUUGUCUCUUUGAGAGAUUUGGCAGCGAGUUGAAUUUUGUACUUCCUACUGGAAACAUGGAUGUGGAAAUGAAUGCUGUCGAACGGGAUGCUAGACACAUUGCAAUCAAGGUUCUCCACGAGCGAUUCGCUCCUCGAUCCCGAUACCCCAAUGACGAAAGGCUCACUUUUUCAAAGGAAUUCCACCAUUUUGUGUUGUCAUUGCUUGGAAAUAUUGUCCAACUCUUGGAAAUGAGCCGUGGGCGUGGCCCCGAAACUCACAUGGAAUGGAUGCGACUGUACAGGACGGCAACCAAUGCCACCUGCAGGGCCCAAGCCAGUCGCUUGGAGGAGGCAUUUUUUCGGGGGCAGCAGGGGACUUUCCUCCGCAACUCGCCCAUGGUCGGCAUGCCGGCAACUUACUUUUCGGCUGUCCUUGGCGCCAAACCACGAGACGCGCAGUCUACGAUCGAAAGACACUACAUGCGUCAGCGUAGAGACCAGGCCAUUCUGGUGUUUCGGCAACUCUUUGGUGCCGUAGCGUCGGGUUUGUAUCGAUCCGAGCAGACUUGCUCGCAUUGCUGCUCCAAGGUUUCGGGACCGGCUUUCUCUGUAUGCUCUGGCUGUCACCUGGCCGUCUACUGUGGACGGCAGUGCCAAAGAACCGACUGGAAAGAAGUGCACAAAGUACAAUGCGCCACUCUCAGUGCCAAACACGAGCACCUCCAACAGUCAUUGGUAUACUUGACUGCCAAACACGACGACGAGAUACAGCAGGGGAGGACCCCCAAUUUUGGAGCUGACUACUGGGCCUUGCAUCACUGUACUCUAGGCAGAGACUCCUCGCCUUGGCAAGGUACAGAGUUGGAAGACGCCCUCCAGCCGCCAUCGCUGGAGUUCUACUUUGCAAACUUGUGUCGGGUGCGUGCAUGGGCGCUCUGGUUCUUUCCCAAGAACAAGACCCCGAACAAAUGCAAGCCGCGCCUUCGGGACGCUGCUUCCAAUGCUGAAAUGAAGGUUUUUCAUCGGCUUGUUGAGUUCCUUUGCUACGACUACAGAAAAGACAUGGAGGACGUCACAGCAUUCACGUAUCCGCCACUUUCGGAGAUUGACGGGAACAAUCUACUUGUAGGCAUGACAGCCGAGAGAUUUUUGGAGAUCCUCGAUGUUACAGGCGCCAGAGGCUAUCAAACUUCCGCCAAUGAGCGAAUAGCUGCCUCGCGACCAAACGAAACGUGA